UUAAUUGAAAUACAUUAAAACGUAUAUACAUAUGAUUCUGGUCAUCUGAAGGACAUAACAGCCAAAGACAACAAAGACAAUAACAUAUACGCAUGGCUUAUUCAAACUAAUGACCCCCUGCUGCUCUUCCAUCACUCCUUAUUGGGAGAAAAUCCAAAGUAGCUAGGAUACCAAAUAGAAUUGUAUGGAAAAUAGUACAUUAUUUGUUAAUACGUAGAUGAAUCAGACGAGUUUGUCGAAAUUUAAAAUAUUUAGAAAUAAGUCAACUGCACAUAUUUGCCAUUUGACUUGUCGCAGUCGUCUUUCACUAACAAACACUCUGAAUGUUCCUUUCUCCGGUGCUUCCUAGCAACUACUACAACAAUGAUCAUAGUAGGUGAAAAAAAAAAAUGAUCAGAAUAAGUCUUCACAACUUCACUGAUUUGCAGUUUCUCACCGCAAAGCAUGACGUUCCUCGGUAUCACCUCCUUAACACUCUUCCUCCUUUCCCCCAUCUUCACACACCUCAAAGCAUACAACCCAGUGGACUGUUUCACCAUCAGUUGUGGCACCACCACAGUUUCCCUGCCAACCGAUCUGUAUUACAUGUCAGCAAUUGACACUGUAUUCACGCUUGUGGGACACGACAUGCUGUUCAGCAUUGAAAGCAUUGCUGCACUGGAGACGGUGUAUAGAAUUCAAGUCCGAGGGCACGAAAUCUCUCCACAAAGCGACACCGGUUUGUUCAGGAAAUGGGCUGCUAACACGGAUGGUAAGAUGAACAUAACCGUGAAUCCUGAUCAUGUGGCGCCCAAGGAACUGUACAGAACAGCCCAUAACAUGGGCACAAACACCACUCUGAACAUAAUCAGCAACCUGACUUGGGAGUUUCCCGUUGAUGCUGGCUUCACUUACGUGCUCAGGUUUCACUUUUGGGAGCUUGACCCCAAUCUUGAUAUAGACGGUGACAGGGUGUUCUUCAUUUACAUAGCAAGCCACUUGGUUGAUGAUCGCGCUGAUGUUAUGAGAUGGACACAGAAACAGAAAAGGUUUCUCCGCAAUAAUACUCAGAAAAAGGUGUACAAGGGCUACUUUGAAGGCGGUUUCACCCCAGUCACUAUCAAACACCUCAAACUAGAUUCACAGCAGGGUGCAAAUGAUAUCAUGAACAAGAUUGAGAUGCUCUCACAGCUCUGCCACCUUCAUCUUGUGUUCCUCAUCGGGUACUGCAAUGAGAACUAUGAAAUGAUCCUUGACUAUGAUUUCAUGGCGUGUGACACCAAUAACGCACAUCUCUUGUGGAAGCAACGCUUGCAGAUUUGCAUCGGCAUCACAUGCAGGCUGCAUUAUCUCCACACAGGUGCGAAGCACACAAUCAUCCACCAUGACUUGAAAACCACCAACAUCCUGUUGGAUGAUAAUGUCUCACCGAAAACCAUGAGGUUCCUCAGUAUCAACUCUGUAGCAUUAUUCCUCUUUCUCCUCUUCUCCACACACAUCCAAGCGUACACUCCGGAAGACAACUUCAGCAUCAGUUGCGGCACCACCGGGACAUCCUUCGACGGUGAAAGGACAUGGACAGGGGACAUACACAAAAAGUACUUAUCUGGUGGUCAAGAUGACACCGUUUCAACUGAAGCAACAACACAAUCUCCUUCUGUCAAACAAGUCCCCUACACCUCAGUACGCUUGUCUCGUUCUCAAUUCAAUUACUCCUUCCCCGUCACCGCUGGCCCCAAAUUUGUUCGCCUCUUCUUCUAUCCUGCCGACUACCCCUCCUUUCCUCGCACUGAUGCCUCUUUCACCGUUCAAUCCAACCAAUUCACCCUCUUAAAAGGUUUUAACACCUCUCUAAAUGCGGAUGCAGGAAAAACGGAAACCAUCUUCGGAGAAUAUGUGGUCAACGUCAACGAUGGUGGGAUUCUGCUCCUUAGCUUCACUCCGUCGAAACCAUACUCCUACGCUUUCAUCAAUGGAAUUGAGGUACUUUCCAUGCCAACUGAUCUUUAUUACACAUCAGCGACAGUGGAUGCAGUUGGAUUCAAGUUCGUGGGAAGAAACAUGCAGUACACCCUCAGAACCAGCUUUGCCUUGCAAACAGAGUAUAGAAUCAAAGCCGGAGGGCAAGAAAUCUCUGCACAAAACGACACCGGUUUGUUGAGGAAAUGGGCUGGUGAUGAACAAGAUUAUUUAAUUAAGCAAAAUCCAGAGAAUAAUGAUCUACCAGCUAACACGGAUGGAAAGAUGAACAUAACGGUGAAUCCUGAUCAUGUGGCACCCAAGGAACUAUACAGAACAGCGCGUAACAUGGGCACAAACACCACUCUGAACAUAAUCAGCAACCUGACUUGGGAGUUCCCCGUUGACUCUGGUUUUACUUACAUGAUCAGGCUCCACUUUUGCGAGCUCGAUCCAAAUAUUAGUGACAUCAAGGACAGGGUGUUCUUAAUUUACAUAGCGAGCCAGUUGGCAGAAGACAAUGCUGAUGUUAUGGAAUGGACCCAGAAACAGAAAGGUCUCCCUGUGCAUCAAAACUAUGCGGUUUUGAUUCCCAAGAAUAAUAAUCAGAAAAAGGUUAAUCUGUUGCUCCAAAUGCAUCCUCAAACUGAUGAUAAAACAUUAUAUAGAGAUGCGUUCUUGAACGGUCUCGAGAUAUUCAAAAUCAGCGAAGCCAAGUCAAACAACCUUGCUGGACCUAAUCCAGACCCAGUUCUGACUCCACACAACAACAUACCCGCCCCAAAGGGAAACAGCAGCAGCGGGAGCCAAAUGACCAUAAUUGGUGUCAUUGCAGGGUUGGUAUCUGGGGUUGUUUUGAUAUCCGUUGUCAUUCUUUUUGUUGUAAUUUUGUGGCGCAAGAGAACCACUGCUAUGAAGACCAAGGAUAGGUCAACCAACAAGCAGAACUACUCUCUGCCAUCCGAUCUCUGCCGCCGCUUCUCCCUCAUCGAGAUCAAAGCCGCCACCCAAAACUUUGACGAAGUCUUCAUCAUCGGCGUGGGAGGAUUCGGCCAUGUCUACAAGGGCUACAUCGAUGACAGUUUUACCCCCGUUGCCAUCAAGCGCCUCAAACCGGGUUCACAGCAAGGGGCACGUGAGUUUUUGAAUGAAAUCGACAUGCUUUCGCAACUCCGUCACCUCAAUCUCGUCUCUCUCAUCGGCUACUGCAACGAUAAUAAGGAAAUGAUCUUGGUCUAUGAUUUCGUGAGACGUGGCAAUCUACGUGACCAUCUCUACAACACCGAUAAGCCCCCUCUCUCGUGGAAGCAACGGUUGCAGAUUUGCAUUGGGGCAGCGCUUGGGCUGGAUUAUCUUCACACAGGCGCGAAACACAUGAUCAUCCACCGUGAUGUAAAAACCACCAAUAUCUUAUUGGAUGAUAAAUGGGUGGUCAAGGUUUCAGACUUUGGGCUUUCCAGAAUUGGACCCACGGGCGUGGACAAGUCUCAUGUCAGCACUGUUGUGAGGGGAAGCUUUGGGUAUUUAGACCCGGAAUAUUACAAACGCUACCGUUUGACAGAGAAGUCUGAUGUGUACUCUUUUGGUGUAGUGUUGUUUGAGAUACUGUGCGCUCGGCCACCUCUAAUCCAUAGUGCACAGAUAGAACAGGUGUCACUUGCUAAUUGGGUGAGGUGCUGUAACCAAAGUGGGACUAUGUCUCGGAUUGUGGACCCCACAUUGAAGGGGAAGAUCGCGCCUGAGUGCUUUAAGAAGUUUUGUGAGACUGGAAUGAGUUGUUUGUUAGAGGAUGGGAGGCAGAGGCCAUCGAUGAACGACGUCGUUUGGAUGCUGGAGUUUGCACUCCAGCUACAAGAGAGUGCAGAGCAACGCGAAAAUGAUGGUAUUGUUAUUACUGAAGAAGUUAAUGAGAAAAGAGAGGAAAUUAGUGAUGAUACGUUUAAUAUUAACAAGAGUAGUAGUGCAGUGAGUGUGAAUGUGAGUACAAGUAGUUCCAGCGAAGAGCAUAGCUAUGCAGGGAUUGAUAUACUUGCUUGGUUGAGGGGCAUGGGCAAAAACAAAUUGUAACAAAUAACAAAUUGUAAAUAAUAGUCCGUAGAUUUCUUUUUAUAAUUGAUAACUUAUGAUGACAGCAGGUAAGCUAUUAAUCUCAAAUAAUUAAAUCUUUUCAGUUUUCCCUCUCUUAAAAGAAACUUGUAAUUUGAUUUAAAAACACAUGCUGCAACUCAAUCAAGUUUUCCUAUUUUUCUUUGGUGGUAGUAUAUACCUUUGAAUGAGCA